GCAACCAUGUCCGAGCCUCUCAGCCCGUCCCAGGCCUCCGCAUCAGCGAUCGAGUCACCCUUGCGCACGCGCACAAAUGUCCUUGUUACGGUUGGCUCGACGCGUUUCGACGCCCUCGUGCAGGCCGUCCUCUCUGAGCCUGUCCUGGCCGCUCUACGCGCGCGGGGCUACUCGCGGCUGACCGUGCAGUGCGGCAAUUCUGAGUUCGAUGCCAACGGUUUCGAGCAGCAGGAAGAGGGGUUAGUGCAGACGACAGAAAACGGGAUAGACAUUGUCGUGUGGAAGUUCAGGCCGUCGCUGGAGGAGGAAUACGAAAAGGCGGAUCUGGUCAUAAGCCAUGCGGGGUCGGGCACUAUCCUCGAUGUCCUUCGACUUCCACGGCCGCUGAUUGUUGUGCCCAAUCCGACGCUGCUCGAUAAUCAUCAGCAGGAGCUAGCGGACGCAUUGGGCUUGCUCGGACACCUGAGGCCGUCCACCGUCUCAGAGUUACCACAAGCUAUCGAGACGCUGAGAGACUCGAAGCUCGUGCCAUUCCCUCCAUUCAACGGGAGCAGGUUCCGCGAACUUCUAGAUGAGGAGAUGGGUUACGUCGACUCUGACGGCUGAUCGGUGCUGCAUCUACCACUUGACUUCUCUCCACCAUCUCGCUAUCUGUGCGAUACCCGAUUUACACUACUACAUAGCUGGGCUACAACAACGACCUCAAAUAUAAUCGCCUAGCCUUGC